AAGAGAGCACUGAUUUUAGUAAAUAAGCGUUAAAUGAGUUUCUGCAGAAGUGUAGUUACAAUUUAAUUUUAAAGUUUUAUUGGAUUUUCACUUAUAUUGGGAAUAUUUCAUUUUUUCUUAUUUUGGUUUGUAGUGGCCCUGUUUGAGUAGAGAGAAUCCGAAGAACUGUCCAUUUCCUUCCCAACUCCUAACUUUAGCGGCAAAAAGAUGACAGACCCCGAACACACUGAAGAGAUGGGUGACGCUGACGGACAAGUUAUCGAUGUGACGUCAGCUCAGCUGUUGCGUCGGCCUGAUGUGUUGGCAGCACUUCAGGGGGGACCCUUCAAGGGGCCCCUUGCCGCGUUCGCAGGCCUGCGUGUGCUACCACCAAAUGUGAAGCGAAGAGUGAAAGCUCUGAAGAAAAUUCAGCUGGAAGCAACACCAAUCGAAGCCAAAUUCUACGAGGAGGUUCACGCACUCGAAAUCAAAUAUCAUCAGCUGUACUUGCCCUUCUAUGAGAAGGUAAAUUACUGCAAUUUCAGUGAUAUGCCCGAUGCGGAGAGUGGAAUUCCCGAAUUCUGGCUGACAAUCUUCCACAACGUGGCGCUGCUGAAUGAGAUGGUGCAGCCUCAUGACGAGCCCAUCCUCAAGCAUCUGCAAGACAUCAAGGUCGAAUUCCUCAAGGCAGACCCCAUGGGUUUCAUCCUUGAGUUCCAUUUCUCACCAAACGAAUACUUCACCAACUCCGUGCUGACCAAAACCUACCACAUGAACUGCGCUCCUGAUGAGUCCAACCCAUUCAGCUUUGAGGGGCCCGAAAUAUUCAAGUGUUUUGGUUGUAAAAUAGAUUGGAACAAGGGUAAGAAUGUGACAGUAAAGACAGUGAAGAAACGUCAGAAGCACAAAGUCAGCGGCUGUUCACGCGCCCUCGCCAAGACCGUCCAGAACGACUCUUUCUUCAACUUCUUCAAUCCACCUCAGGUUCCAGAUGACCAAGAUGCCGAGCUGGACAGCGAAACACAGGAAUUGCUGACCAGCGAUUUUGAGAUUGGUCACUACAUUCGCGAGCGAGUUGUGCCCAGGGCUGUGCUCUACUAUACAGGAGAAGCGCUGGAAGAGGAGGAAGAUGAUUUCGACGAUGAAGAUGAAGAGGAUGAAGAAGCAGAGGAAGAGGAGGAUGAUGGAGAUGAGGAGGAUGAUGACGAAAUUGAGGAGGUAGGGAGAGGAGCAGGAGGAAAGAAACAGUUGAGGGCGAAAAAGGGGCUCAAAAAUGGCCAGCCCCCCAGUGAAUGUAAUCAACAGUAGGCGAUUAAGCGUGGUUUCAAUAAAUAAUCGAAUGCAUGUGCGAAAGUCAGUCGUUUUCUGAUUAAUUGUUCUACAAAUCUGGGGUUAAUCUCGAUCUAAACUCAAGUUAAAUAAAACUUGAUCCAUAUUGCGGUUAAUCUUGAUCUAAACUCGGGUUAAAACUUGAUCUAUAUUGCGGUUAAUCUUGAUCUAAUCCGGGGUUAAAUGACGAUCCAACCCUGUUCUUCUACCACGCAGAAAAUCGACUGACUGCUGAAGGAGAUUAAUAGAAAAAUAGCUACUGUCUGUUGCUAUUUUUGUAUUAAUUUUCUUCUUCAUAUCAGAACUUGUUAGUUUAGGAUUGAUUUGAGUUAUUUUUAUAUAAUAUUUGUUAAUUGCUUUUGAUCUACCUCAAGUGCCGAAGGAGCUAUUAUAUUUUUAUGCAGCUAUAAAAAUUCAAACCUAUCUUAGUUGAAUUUGGUAGUAUAUCAUAAAAUGAUAACCAGGGAAAUUUAUAAUGUUUAGAUAGAUGUUGAAUCUCCAUUUGAUACUAUUUUUAUUUCCACAUCCUGAAUAAGAAAUACAACAAAUAACUCUAUUUUCUAAACUAGAAUCAAUUUAUUGUGCUUUUAUGUACUGAUGGAUUUAGAUGUUUGAAUUUUAAAUUCUGUUGAUCGGUUGAAUACAGGACUUUUAAAUAAUCUAGCUGUUUCUUUAAAGCUGUUCCCUAGUAAAUGUUGCUUCUUGUACUAUUUUUAAGUAGUUUUUAUUUUUAACAUUCCGUUUCAUGUUUGUUCCUUCAGACAAGAGGGAUUAGCAGAUUUCUUCCCAAAGUAAAAUUGAAUAACUUAUACAUAUUGACUUUCCUCUUGUAUCCCAAGUUAACUUAAUUCCAUACAUUUUUGCAACCUUGGGUAAAACGUUUUUGUCGAAUGCACACUUUUCUCACAUUAGGUAUUUUGUGAUAUUCUGCAUAUUUUACUUCUCUUUCCCUGAACGAACCAGAAAUGUAUUCGGCACUUGAAGGUGGAACCGUUGAGAACUUAAUUUCAUCAAUAUUUUUGUUUUAUUAUAUUUUAUUAUUAUGUUUCAUACAAACUGAGUUUAAAUAAAAUGUAGUUAAACUCCCGGUGAAAAUGCGUCAAUUUAUCGCUCAAUUGGUUGCCAUGUUUACAGUUCAGUUCUGUUAGCAUUUUUGAACUCAUUCGUUUUUUUAAAGUUUGAGAUGAGUCGUGAAAUAAUUGAUUGUUGAAAAAUGUAUUGAUCUAAUGAUGUUGAAGUAUAUUCAGUGGUGUCAAAACUAUGUAUAAAACCGUAUUUCACUUUGGAUAUUGAAAUAAAAUGCCCGUUCUUGGGAAUA